AUACCUUUGGAAAGGCACCUUCUGAAAGGGAACUGGUGUCAGUUUUAGAGAGGACACUGGGCGAGGAGGAAACACCCAAGAAUGAAUCCGGUUGAUUGUUGCUCCGUGGAGGCUCAUCUCUGAAGAAACAAAUACAAUUUAUCUGAUUUAUCUUUAAAAGAAGAAGCACACAUGCCUCAGUUUGCAAAUCCAGGUGUAGGAACCUUUACAGCCUGGGAUUAUGUCAUUUUUGCAUUGCUCUUUGUCAUUUCUUCAGGGAUCGGGGUCUUUUUUGCAAUCAAGGAACGAAAGAAUGCAACCUCACGAGCUUUUUUGGUGGGUGGGAGGCAAAUGAUUUGUGGUCCAGUGGCUCUCUCACUCACUGCCAGUUUCAUGUCAGCGGUGACUGUGUUGGGAGCUCCCUCGGAGGUUUAUCGCUAUGGUGCUUCUUUCAUCCUCUUCUGCCUCGCCUUCAGUUUUGUGAUCAUCCUCACAGCUGAACUCUUCCUUCCAGUCUUUUAUAGAUCUGGAAUCACAAGCACAUAUGAGUACUUGGAGCUGAGAUUUAAUAGAGUGGUUCGUGUUGCUGCUACAAUGAUAUACAUUCUGCAAACUAUUCUCUAUACAGGCGUUGUGGUUUAUGCACCAGCUCUGGCACUGAAUCAAGUGACUGGUUUUAAUCUGUGGGGAUCAGUAUUUGCAACAGGAAUUGUUUGCACCUUCUAUUGCACCCUGGGAGGUUUGAAGGCAGUGGUGUGGACAGAUGCUUUCCAGAUGGUCGUGAUGGUAUUGGGGUUUUUAACAGUUCUCAUCCAAGGAACUAUCAAACUAGGAGGGAGUAGCAACACGUGGAAGAUUGCAAAGAAUGGCCAAAGACUCAAUAUAUUUGAUUUUUCAGUAGAUCCUCUGAGGCGCCACACCUUUUGGACACUGACAGUAGGAGGCACAUUCACUUGGCUGGGAAUCUAUGGAGUGAAUCAGUCCAUUAUCCAAAGAUGCAUUUCAUGCAAAUCAGAAAGACAUGCUAAAAUGGCACUGUAUCUGAAUUUGCUUGGACUCUGGGUGAUCCUUGUCUGCGCGGUGUUCUCAGGGCUGGUUAUGUACGCCUUCUACGUAAAUUGUGAUCCGUGGACUGCAGGAUUCAUUUCAGCAUCAGAUCAAUUAAUGCCAUAUUUUGUUAUGGAAAUACUGGGGCACCUUCCAGGACUCCCUGGACUCUUUGUGGCCUGUGCAUUUAGUGGCACACUUAGCACUGUUGCUGCCAGUAUUAAUGCCCUUGCAACUGUAACAUAUGAAGACUUUGUUAAACAAUGUUUCCCCAAUGUGUCAGACAAGAGGAGCACUUGGAUCAGCAAAGGCUUGUGCAUAGUAUUUGGUGUUGCCUGUACUUCAAUGGCAGUUGCAGCAUCUUCGAUGGGAGGGAUUAUUCAGGCAGCACUCAGUAUUCAUGGCAUGUGUGGUGGGCCCAUGCUUGGAUUAUUUUCACUGGGGAUUUUGUUUCCUUGUGCCAACUGGAUUGGUGCUAUCGGAGGGCUAGCAGUCGGUGUAACUUUAUCCUUCUGGCCUGCAAUCGGUGGAUUUAUUUAUCCUGCAUCAGUGUCAAAAACACUGCCACUACAUUUAAGUACUAACAGCUGCUUGCCACUGAACAUCUCAGAUUUGUUAUCCACACAGUCGCCAACCUUAACUCCUCAAUGGAGAGACAGACCCAUUCUGGCAGACAGCUUGUAUUCACUAUCGUAUCUCUACUACAGUGCUUUAGGAUGCUUGGGCUCAUUGAUAGCUGGGCUUCUCAUAAGCUUCAUAUCAGGAUCCAAAGACACUGCUAUUGUGAGGCCAACACUCAUCAGACCAGUCUCCAAUCUGUUUUGCUUUUGGUCAGAUAAAUUCAGGAAGAUGUGUGGGUCUGGAAUACAGCAUGGACAGAAAAACAGUGCAGAGGCCAACAAAGAAAAUACAGUAUCAGAUAAUGACCUGAUAAUGAAAAUAUCAACAAGAAAAGAGCUCAACGAUGUGUACAAUCAGGACUCAAGGAAAAUUCCAUCUAUUUAUAUCCCUGAACAAUGUACUCAUAUCAAUUUUGGACUUGUGAAAGAAACAUAUUUUUAGUUCCACACUAAGGUUAUAAUGGAGGUCAAGAACUGUGAACAGAAAAUCAUUCAAUUAUUAGUGUAAAAUGUGAAAAUAUCAUAUGGUUCAGAUAUCAUUUAAAAUUGGUAAUUUCACCAUGGUUAAUAAGCCAAGUGCAAAAGCUACUAUACAGUCAUAUACCUUGUGAGGUCCAUCAGUUCAAACCUGACCAUGAUAGGGAUGGAAUAGGGUGCCAUUAGCUUCAACCAUUGUGCCUUUGGAAUGAGGACGUAAGAUCAGUCUUCCGGAGAGUGAACACGAGGAAAGCACCUGGCCUAGAUGGCAGAAGUAUUUGCGGACAUAUUUAACCUCUCCCUGCUUCAAGCUCAGGUUCCCACCUGUUUGAAGACCACUAUCAUCCCGGUACCGAAGAAAAGCAAGGUAACAUGACUCAAUGACUACCGACCAGUGGCUCUGACAUCCACCACCAUGAAGUGCUUUGAGAGUUUGGUCAUGGCACGCAUCAACUCCAGCCUACCAGACAACCUGGACCCAUUGCAAUUCGCCUAUCACUGAAACAGGUCUACAGCGGAUGCCAUUUCCCCGGCCCUACACUCAGCUCUGGAGCAUCUGGACAGAAAAGACACCUACGUUAGACUAUUGUUUAUUGACUACAGCUCUGCAUUCAAUACAAUAAUCCCAAGCAAGCUUGUCACCAAACUCUGAGACCUAGGACUCAACACUUCCCUCUGUAACUGGAUCCUUGACUUUCUAACAAACAGACCACAAUCAGUGAGGAUAGGCAGCAAUAUCUCCGGCAUGAUUAUUCUCGACACUGGUGCCCCACAAGGCUGCGUCUUCAGCCCUCUAGUCUACUCCUUAUACACUCAUGACUGUGUGGCCAGAUUCUGCUCUAACUCCAUCUACAAGUUUGCAGAUGAUACCACCGUUGUAUCUCAAACAGCGAUGAGUCGGAGUACAGGAAGGAGAUAGAGAGCUUAGUGGAAUGGUGUCAUGACAACAACCUUGCCCUCAAUGUCAACAAAACAAAAGAGCUGGUCAUUGACUUCAGGAAAGGGGGCAGUGUACAUGCACCUGUCUACAUCAACGGUGCUGAAGUCGAGAGGGUUGAGAGCUUCAAGUUCCUGGGAGUGAACAUCACCAACAGCCUGUCCUGCUCAAAUCACAUAGAUGUCACAGCCAAGAAAACUCAGCAGUGCCUCUACUUCCUCAGGAGGCUAAAGUAAUUUGGUUUGUCCCCUUUGACUCUCACCAAUUUUUACUGAUGCACCAUAGAAAGCAUCCUAUCUGGAUGAAGCACGGCUUGGUACGGCAACUGCUCUGCCCAGGACCGCAAGAAACUGCAGAGAGUUGUAGACACAGCCCAGCGCAUUACGGACACCAGCCUCCCCUCCUUGGACUCUGUCUUUACUUCUCGUUGUCUUAGUGAAGCAGCCAGCAUAAUCAAAGACCCCACCCACCCUGGACAUUCUCUCUUCUCUCCUCUUCCAUCGGGUAGGAGAUACAGGAGCCUGAAGGCACAUACCACCAGACUUAAGGACAGCUUCUACCCCACUGUGAUAAGACUAUUGAACGGUUCCCUUAUACAAUGAGAUGGACUAUGACCUCACGAUCUACCUUGUUGUGACCUCGCACCUUAUUGCACUGCACUUUCUCCGUAGCAGUGACACUUUACUCUUUUUUGUUAUUGUUUUUACCUGUACUACAUCAAUGGACUCUAUACUGACUCAAUGUAACUGCACUGUGUAAUGAAUUGACCUGUAUGAUCGGUUUGUAAGACAAGCUUUUCACUGUACCUCGGUACAAGUGACAAUAAUAAACCAAUACCAAUACCAAUACCGAACCCUUUAAAAAGAGCAUUUUCAGAGUAACAAGAAUAUUGAAAUUUACUUUUUUUCUUCUUUUCAUAACAAAUCAACAAGCCUUUACUCUAUAGACUUUAACAGCCAAAGCCAGUUGGCUGAUGUAUGACAACUU